CCUACCUUCCUGUUAAACCUUUUCUAUUCUGAGACACGUGUUUCGUGACGUGGAUUGUUGCCUUCUCACCUUCUUCCUCCCAUCCGUCUCAGCAAACGGCAACUUCUCCCUCGCCGAGCAUAUGAAGUGAGUAUUGAGCUUUUCUAUUGCGAUUCUGGGACGGGUUGAGACUCCACGCAGUUGAAGGUGAUUAGAUUGUUCUGACAUUGAAGCAUAAAGAAAAAUUAUUGAUCAUCUCUGAAGUAAUUGUUCAGAGUUGGAUUCCGACCAUGGGAAACAAUGAAGAAGUGAAAUCUUCUAAGUUUGAUAAAUCUUCAUCAACUGCACCAUCGGAUCAGACCAAUAUUCAUGUAUACCCUGAUUGGGCAGCCAUGCAGGCUUAUUAUAGACCCGGAGUUGCUCUUCCACCAUAUUACAACUCAACUUUGGCGGCGGGUCAUGCUCCUCACCCUUAUAUGUGGGGCCCACCUCAGCCCAUGAUGCCAACUUAUGGGGGCCCUUAUGCUGCAAUUUACUCACCCGGAGGAGUUUAUGCACAUCCUGCAGUUCCUCUUGCCACAGCACCGUCAAGUGUAGAGACUCCUUCAAAGUCAUUAGGAAAGGCAGAUCAUGGGUUGAUGAAAAAGUUGAAAGGAUUUGAUGGGCUUGCAAUGUCAAUAGGCAAUGAAAAUGCUGAGAAUGCUGAGGCUAGUUCUGAAUGUACGCGGUCACUAAGUGCAGAGGCUGAAGGUUCUUUUGUCGCGAACUCUGAUAGGUCCGAUCAAAUCAGAAGGAGAAGAAGCAGGAAGGGAAAACCCGUCUCAGGUGCAAAAGGAAAAACUGAAACACAGACUAGUCCGGAAACUCCAGCUUAUGAUGGGGAGAUGCAUGCUGCUUCAGACAAAGUGUUAGGUGAUACUAUUCCUGGGAAAUCUGUUGGACCUCCUUGUUCUGGUAUUACAACCACAUUGGAGAUCAGGAACCCUGCAAACACGAAUGCUGAGACAAGCCCUGCUAAUGUUCCACAAUUUGGUGUACUGUCUCCUUCUGAAACCUGGCCACGGAAUGAACGGGAGCUGAAGCGGGAGAGGAGGAAACAAUCCAAUCGAGAAUCUGCUAGAAGGUCAAGGUUAAGGAAGCAGGCUGAAGCUGACGAACUUGGACAUAAGGUUGAAUUAUUGACUGCUGAGAAUAGGGCACUGAAAUCUGAAGUUGAUCAAUUAAUGGGGAAGUCAGAAAAGCUGAGGACAAAAAAUGCUAUGUUAUUGGUGAAGCUAAAGAAUGCCCAUCUAGGAAAGCCUCAAGAAAUGGACUUGAAAAACAGUGAUGACAAGAGGGCCAUGCCUGUUAGUACUGAGAACCUUUUGUCAAGAGUUAACAAUUCAGGUUCUGCAGAAAGAGGCAGAGGGGCAGAGUGUGAUGAGUAUGAGAACGACUCAAAAUCUGGCACCAAGCUGCAUCACCUGUUGGAUGCAAACCGCAGGGCUGAUGCUGUUGUUGCUGGCUGAAUAAAGGUGGAAGCAACAUCUUUUCAAAGUAUUUGUUGUAAUUUUGGCGUAAUUGAAAGCCCAAAAUUACUGCUAACUUAUAGCGGAGGGAUGGAUCAGCUGAAUAGGGAUUUGUUUCCAUCCCUGUAACUUAAAAAUUUCACUUCUUAGUUAGGUUUUUCAAGGCAGCACACUGAUGUAUCGAAUUCAGAAUGCUGAAAUGGCCGCGAAAGUUUAUAUGUGCAUUGAAUAGAAUUAAGGGUUUCUGUAAGGAGAAUAGAAUUAAGGGUUUGGUAGAGGGAAGAUCUUGCGACUUUGUUUCUUGUACUGGUUGAAGCAAUGUGGACUUUUUUGCUGUAUAUGAAUGGAACAAUUAUGUUUCAUUGGAUGUAGUUUAUCCA